AUGAAAAAGAAACAAUCUCCUCUCCAGAAGCUUAAUGCUUUGGACAAGAUUGACAGCGAGCUAGUGCAAGUCUUCGAAACUGCAGCACUAAUCGCCAACGUCCAAGGAAAAGACUACAUUUCGACCACCACCUUUGUUCAAGCUUUACUGCACUGCAGUCCCGGAAAGAUUACAGAGCUCUUUCAGAAGCUUCCAGAGGGUUCACUUCCGAAAGAAGCGCAGCUUGAGGCCAUGAGCGAAAUAGCUGGCUCGGAGCUACUCGAUGGCAUGGAAUCAUUCUCCCCUUGCAUCGACUCGGCUCUAUCAAAUCUGUUGCAUCCAGGUGCCGAGAGGUCCAUUUCCAGUGAAGAUGUCUUUGUCGAUAUUGCCCGAUAUUCUGGCGGUAAAUCAACUAUGCUAUUGCGCUCCAAGGGAGUGACGAAGGAAAAGGUGGAAUCAAUGGUUUCUGACCUUGGAUGGGAAUUAAUAGAAAGAGAAGAGUUGCGUCAAGUGUUCGACUAG